UGUCACCUCUUGUCUCCCCGAUGAACUCGUUGUUCUCCCCCGGCCUGCAUGAAAUGCGCAGACGCGCUAACGGAAACCGGCGGACGGAUGAGGAGUGGCGGGAAAGUUUGAGUGUGUUUACAGAGAUAGUAGUAAAGAAAAAUAAUCGAAUAAGGCUCAGUUGAACUGGAUCACGCUUCAGGAUAGUGUACCGACAUUGUACGGAAAGCGGGGAGACAUACAGCAUACCACUUUGCAGUUGGAUAUUUUAAAACUCCAUUCAUUCAGACCCCAGAACAGAUGGUAAUACACUAACCACUAUGAGUGGUGGGAAAAUAUUUGUAGAGACUUUAAGGAGAAUUGCUUAUCCUAAAGCCAGUCAACUGAAUGGAGAGAAUUUUGAUUGGUGGUUUGAUAUUGGAGAUGAAAAGAAAUUGAUCGAAUGGUUCUGUCAUAGUAUAAAUGAACAUCAUGUAUUGACUGCAGAAGAGUUGACUGAGUUACAAAUCCUUGGACCAAAAAAUUAUCUGAGCCAGAAAGACUUGGAUAAGGUCUUGGCAACCUGCCCUAAGGGUGCAGAGUCAAGACACAGCAACCUGCCAGAAAUGACAGUUGAGAAGUUGGAAGAGGAGGUCAAGGCGCUACAGCUGAUUCGUAAUCUUAAGGUCCAGCGACGGAAUAAGCAGCAGUUAAUGGCUUCGGGAAUACAUCAUAUGCCAGUGAGAUUAAGAGAUGAGGAGGAAGAAUGUGCCAAGUUGUUGAGAGAGACACAAGAACAGUUGGUUGCUGAAAAUGCUAAAUUUAAUUUUACUCUGUCAAAGGUAUUUGAAGAAGUUCAGCAGCUUACUGCCAUAUAUUCAACUACUGGAUCAGAAAGGCGACCUGUGCCUAAGACCAUAUUUCUGUCUCAGCUUUCACUGGAUAACUAUCUGCAGCAGGAAGAGCAAUGCACAGCAGCUCUUACUGAAUAUACAAAGAAACAGCUUUUUAAAGGCAUAACUGAGCUAGUUGAGAGCUCCGACAUAAAAAAGUUUCAGCUGGUAGACAUAACCUCUCAAUCCUUACAAGGAGAGUGCAGUGAGGUACGCACAGAUUAUCAACAACAAAUGGCUAGAAUUCAAGCAGCAUACAACAGUGGUCAGCAACGGUUAAUUUUAGCAAAAGCAAAAGAACAGAGCACCAAGGCUAGACUGCAGCAUAUGGAGCAACUAAUCUCCUUGAUGCGAAACAGAAAGUUAAUUGCCUUGAAUGAUACAAAAGCAAAGAAGAACAGUUUGACCAGAGAACUGAUUCCUGUAAAUGUCCAAAUAGAACAUCUAGUUAAUAAGCAACUUCCUGACUUGAUUGUGGAGAAUGCACAACUAUUGAACAUGCCUGUGGUGAAGGGAAAUUUUGAUCUGCAGAUGGCUCGUCAAGACUACUACACCUCCAAGCAGGACCAGGUUGCAAAACAGUUGCUCAAACAGAAAACUCGAUUUGAAUUACUUCAUCUAGCAUAUGAAAUAGAAUUGUGUAAACACAGAGAUGUUCAUCGACAACUUGAAAACCUGACUGCCGAGCUUGUACAAUGCAAGGGAGAUUUCUUGAAACGUUUAGACAUGCUGUCUGAUAAAUCGCUCCAACCAAGCAGUAAACAACGAAGCAUAAUUGAUUCGAGUGAUACCUCUACUAUCAGACUCUGUCAGAUGUUUGAUGUAAACAACAAACAGCAACUAUUCAGAACUUACAGUGGUCUAGAACAGGAAGCCAAAAAUCUCCAGCAAGAAGUUAUUUCAUUAAAGGACCAAUUGGGAACAACACAGCGUGAGCACUCUUACCUUUGGUCUGCAUUGGAGUCUGAUAUUGAGAGACUCCGGAGUGUUAUGUAUUCUGGUUCCAUGCAACUUCUGCUUCAUUGUGAGGAACUGUCAGAACCACUUCAAAGAUUGGAAUGUCAACUGCAGAGGCUGCCACAAAUUAUUGGCAAUGUAGCUGAUAACAUUAAAUCAAAACGGCAAAUUCUGGCAAGCAACUUGAAUCUUCAAGGCGAGAGAAUUCUGUAUGUUUAUUUCUUCCAAGACCCUGAUAAAUUGAAAGCGAUUGUGGAGAAUUUGGAGAGGAAAAUUAGAGCUCAGAGUAUUGGGUCGGAGAGCUAAUGUGUACCAGCAAGCGGAUAAUGUUUCUAACACGUGAUUAAUUGCUUCUGGAAAAAAGCCCACCUCUAACCUGAACAGCUCUAAAUGGUUGUAUAGUAACAUUCAAAAACAUGAAAGACAUAGUUUCUAGGGAAAUGUGAAUACUGAUUGAGCAUUUAAUGCUCUUAAUAAAAUAUUCUUCUAGCACUUUUUAAAAUUGUUUUGUAUGCAUGUGUAAGAUAUUGCAGGCCUUUUUAAUCAGAAUUUAUGCUUUAUUUUUAACUUACUUCAAUUAAAAUGCAACUCUGGACUCUCCUUGUGGUGAUUUGGAGGUUUCAACAAUCCUCAUUACACUCCUAACCAUCUAUAUUUAUGAUUGUCUCUUCUGAUUAUAGAACAACAAAAUUAGCAGUAUAUGGCACAUUUUGCAUCCUAAGCUGUCUGAAAACAUUUCCUGUGUAAUGAAUUAAUCUUGUGAAGCUGUUAUAUAAGCAACUAUUAUGAUUUUGUGCACAGCAAUUACAUUUUGAUAGUGUUUGGCGCUCCAUGUUGGGGUACAGUAGAAAAUCUCAUGCACAGUACUCUAGCAUUGCAAACCAUUGAAGCCAUGGUUUAUUUGAAAAAGCACCUCCCAAUGAGGGAG